AUGACACUGGCAGCUAGCCUAGCCGGCUAACUUUUGCUAAUCUGAUUUAUCGCCUGAGUUAAGCACACGUAACGUGAGCCAGGAUUAUCAAAUUUCAGUUUUCCACAUCCAGCGUUUAACACACUAUCUACCUGACACCGAACAACCACUCCGCACAAAAAUGGCAUCGCUUGGGGAGCCCGUGCGACUGGAAAGAGACAUAAACCGUGCGAUUGAACUGCUUGAUAAGCUCCAGAGGACAGGAGAGGUGCCCCCUCAGAAGCUGCAGGCACUGCAGAGGGUCUUACAGAGUGAAUUCUGUAACGCUGUCAGAGAAGUUUAUGAGCACGUGUAUGAAACAGUGGACAUCAAUAGCAGUCCGGAGGUCAGGGCCAAUGCCACAGCUAAGGCUACUGUGGCAGCUUUUGCAGCGAGUGAGGGACACUCACAUCCACGUGUUGUGGAACUGCCCAAGACAGAAGAAGGCCUGGGAUUCAACAUAAUGGGCGGAAAGGAGCAAAACUCCCCGAUUUACAUCUCGCGGAUCAUCCCAGGAGGCAUCGCUGACCGCCACGGAGGCCUGAAGAGAGGCGACCAGCUUCUCUCUGUUAAUGGGGUGAGCGUCGAAGGUGAGCACCACGAGAAAGCGGUGGAACUCCUCAAAGCAGCUCAGGGCACAGUCAAGCUGGUCGUGAGGUACACGCCCAGAGUCCUGGAGGAAAUGGAGUCACGCUUCGAGAAAAUGAGGUCGGCAAAGCGUCGGCAACAGAACAACUUCCCCAAGUAGGAUUUGUCCCCAUCGGUGGCCGGCUCCCCUCCUC